UGCGAAAUAUGUUUCGAUUUCAACGAGAUCACUGUCCGUGAAAAAUGCGAUGCGGAGGGGUUUUACACCCACUGCCUACAGGAACUCGUUCAAUCGGCGAAGGAAUGCUUCACAUGCGGCCUCAUCGUAGAGGCAUGCAAACACUGCCAUCCAGAAGCUGCUGAGAAUCCCGCUAUCUACACCCUAAGUUUCGCGGCCGACAGGACGCUGUCAAGCGAAAGCCUGUCUUUGGGCAUCUGGCCUACCGAAGGCGUCGCAGACAUGACUCACACAGCAUCUCGAAAGGUGAACAUUCAUGCAAAAUCGGGGGAGCCGUGUCCUUGGCCACUUUUUAAACCGUGGUCAGGCAUCUCAAAGGAUAGGAAUCAUCUCGCUGAGCAAAUUUUGACCUGGAUAAGCGAUUGCGAGAGAGAUCACAAAGAUUGCCGCGUGGCAAAUGCGCCAAUACUCCCAAAGAGAGUUGUUCAAAUUGUAUCGGACAAGAUAGGAGCUCUCAAAGCUCGUCUAAUCGAACCUAAGCCACUCACAGAGAGUCGCUAUGCGUGUCUUAGCCACUGCUGGGGAAAGACUCAAAUCCUGAGAACUGUGUCUGACAAUAUCGAAAGACUCAAGGAUGAAAUCCCAUGGAACUCCUUGUCUAAAACCUUCCAAGACGCAAUCGAAUUCAGUCCUACGAUUGGCAUCGAGUAUAUCUGGAUCGACUCUUUAUGCAUCAUCCAAGAUUCUGCGAGUGAUUGGGAGAGCGAGGCAGCAAAGAUGGCGGAUUAUUAUGCCAACUGCCACGUCACCCUAGCGGCAACAGCUUCGAUAGAUGGAAGUAUUGGAUUCUUCCCGAAACUAGCUGGAUACGACAAGCCAUUGGAGAUUAAAGGCAUACAUCAUGGCCAACGUUAUCAUCUGAUCGCCGAAACAGGAAUCUCCCAUCCGUAUGAAAUGCAACCAGAUUCAUUACUCACACCAGAAUUUCCUUUGAUGACUCGCGGUUGGGUAUACCAAGAGCAAAUACUAUCCCGUCGCUAUGUCCAUUUCUGCACCAAAGAAGUUGUCUGGGAUUGUCGAUCUCAGACCCUUUGUCAGUGUGAGUCAAAAUAUGAGAACACACAUUGGGAUCUCUUCCGUACAAACUCAAGUAGGAGCAUCAUGCGCAAUGAUGUUAAGAGUGGAAGCGCAACUAAACAGCGGGAGCUUUGGCACGACAAUAUCAUGAGCAUGAUGGAACUAGAAUUUACCUACCUGAGUGACCGGUUGCCAGCAAUGGCUGGUAUUGUGUCUCAGUUCGCUGGACUCUUUAACACGAGGUAUCUCGCAGGGCUAUGGGAUACCACUUUCAUUAUUGACAGUUGCUGGUUUAUGGACGAGUUUAGUCGCCGACCAAAAGAGCUAACAAAUAUCCCGUCGUGGUCGUGGGCAUCCGUUGCCGGAGGAAUCGACGUUACUUGGUGUCAGCGACCUUUGACAGACGACACUGUCAAUAUCUUCUCCAAAGUUCUACAUAUAGACUGUGUAUCUGAAGGUCCUCUAUAUCUCGGGCGUCUUAGCAAAGGCCUUGUCACGCUGAAGGGACCGUCUGUGAGUGCCACUAUCAGGGUUUGUACUAAUGGCGAACCCAAUCCUUCUCCCGAGAAACUCUUCACUCUUGAGUUUAACAGCGUCGGAGACAUUGGUCCCGUAGAAUCAACAAUCUCUGGCUGGUCUUUCAGUCCAGAUGCACCAAACUCUGAGACCAAUAUUUGUGAUGUCGGAGACCUGAGGAUUAUAAAGAUGAUGGCGGGGCAUUUGAAGAGGACAGGAAAAGAGUGGGCGAUUUUUCUUGUGGUGCAAAAGGUGGGAAAGCAGGAUAAUUGGGAGAGGAUUGGGCUGUUAUUUGGCAACAGUCUGAGGCAGAGCCAAGGAGCC